AUAGGCUAAUGCAUUAAAGAUCGAAGACCUCCGGGCCAGAUGCCGUGGUGCAUGAUCGACCACGCAGCACCAUUUGUUUGGGAGAAAUAUGUCCCAACCAUUUAAUUACAUACUCCCAGCUGACAAUGUUCACAUUGAGCUGAAAAGUUGGCUGCUUCCUCUUUGUCCCUGAAUGUUUUAGUAUGGUUUUGUACAUACCUGUUUUGGUCCAGCUGGUUGAACUAGCUGGCCGAUUGAGGUUUCAAAACCAUGCCAGUAACCAGUUAAUCAUAGGCACAAGAACCCCCUCCCACCUCAUCCCACUUGAAACCAAGUUUUAAAAAGGGAUAAAAAACCUGCCAGUCUGGCGUAGGCAACACCAGAGCAUGGGCUAAUGGGAGGAUGCAUAGGAACAUCUUCAGUGCAUGGGAUAGGGGUGGUGUGGUCUUUUUGUAUCGACUGGUAGGAUUCUUUCUGAAACCAAGGUUUAAGAAUCUAAUUUGGAUCCAGAUCAAUUGAAUUGAUUGAUUAUUCCUAUCCAAUGGUUUGUAUGUGGCCGUACAUCAUGUACUGUCGUGCACAAAAACUUUUGCCUUAAAUUGUAACAAAUCUCCAAGUUUCUGGGCAAAGUAUCGAAGUUCUAUCGAAGUCCUGUGUAAUAAACCGACAUCUAGAACAUUCAAAUGAUGUCCAGAGAAAACCAAUAAAGUCGUCAAACACCAUCGAUCCCCCAGAGUUUCCCGAAGUACAAAAAGGGGAACGAAAAAUGUUAUUCCGUCCUUCGCGGUUCUCUCUCUCUCGUCAAUUCCCUCAGUCUCUUACUUUCCCCGCCACCCUCUUCCUCAGACGUAACAUAACCACAGCCACACGCAGCAGAAGGUCAUCGUCUACAAUAGCCAUGUCUGUUUCCUCUUCCUCUCCUUCUUCUUCUCCUUCUCCUUCUUCUGUUAUUCAUUCUAAAGAAGACUCGAACCAACUGCAACAACAACAGCAGCAGCAGAAGCAAGUCUUAUUGAACCAGGUACUGAAAUACCACAACCAAACCAAACACGCCUUCAAUAAAUAUGCCAGAGGUCCUCACGGCCUCGACUGGGCCAACCAACCGAAGCCUUUCCGCCGCUACAUCUCCUCUCCCCUUCUCCCUCUCCAACACCUCCCUCCACAACGAGACACCACCGAUGAUCCUCUCUACUCUUCUCUCUUCCUCUCUCUGCCCUCCCCCAAACCCAUCUCCCUUUCGACCUUUUCUCAGUUCUUCUACGACUCCCUCGCUCUCUCCGCUUGGAAGACUACCGGUUACUCCACUUGGUCUCUCCGUGUAAACCCUAGCAGCGGUAAUCUCCACCCCACCGAGGCCUACGUCAUAGCUCCCUCCAUCGAUUCUCUCUCGGACUCUCCCUUUGUCGCGCAUUACGCCCCGAAGGAGCAUUCGCUUGAGCUUCGUGCUGCAAUCCCAUCUGAUUUCUUACCCAAAUUCUUCCCUGAAGGUUCGUUCUUGGUGGGAUUCUCCUCAAUUUUCUGGCGAGAGGCCUGGAAGUAUGGGGAGCGCGCGUUUCGGUACUGUAACCAUGACGUGGGUCACGCUAUCGCCGCUGCUGCCAUGGCCGCUGCCGGCCUUGGGUGGGAUGUCAAGCUUCUUGAUGGGUUGAGUUAUUCUGAUUUGCAGAAGCUUAUGGGGCUGGACCGUUUCCCCAGUUUUGUGAUUCCGUCUCGUCCAGUGAAGGGGAGGUUGCCCGAGAUUGAAUUCGAGCACCCAGAUUGCGUUCUCGUUGUCUUCCCUAGUGGGAAAAAUGCUGAAUUUUCUGUGGACUAUGAAGGUUUGAGUUCUGCCAUAUCGAAAUUCUCAGAAUUGGAUUGGAAAGGGAAGGCUAAUUCUCUUAGUAAAGAGCAUAUCGUUUGGGAUAUUAUCUAUCGAACUGCGGAAGUUGUGAAGAAGCCUCUGACGCCUGGGGGUCGGUUCUCGGUUGAUCAGUUUCAGGGAAGUGCAUUGUAUUCAGAAGGCUCGUAUAAAGAUUUGACGAUGAGGGAAGUUGUUCGGAAGAGGAGGAGUGCAGUUGACAUGGAUGGAGUCCACGUGAUGGAGAGAGAAACUUUCUAUCAGAUUCUUCUGCAUUGUCUGCCCUCAGGUGCAAGAGGGGGAGAGAAGCAGGGGAAACAGCUGUCCUUGCCGUUUCGAGUGCUUCCUUGGGAUUCGGAGGUGCACGCUGUUCUCUUUGUUCACAGGGUGGCUAGAAUGCCGAAGGGUUUGUAUUUCUUUGUGAGAAAUGAAGAUCAUUUAAAUGACCUUAAGCGCGCAAUGAGGCCUGAGUUUGAGUGGGAGAAGCCAGAGGGUUGCCCUGAGGAUCUUCCUCUGUAUAGACUUGCUAAAGGUGAUUGUCAAGUGGUAGCAAAGCGGCUUUCAUGCCACCAGGAUAUUGCUGGUGAUGGCUGUUUCAGCCUAGGUAUGGUAGCUCGUUUUGAGCCAACUCUGAGUGAGAAGAAUGCAUGGAUGUAUCCUCGGUUAUUCUGGGAAACUGGAAUUCUUGGUCAGAUAUUGUAUCUUGAACCUCAUGCUGUUGGUAUUUCUGCCACUGGAAUUGGCUGUUACUUCGAUGAGGCUGUGCAUGAGGUUCUUGGGUUAAGUGGAUCAGAGUUCCAGAGUCUGUAUCAUUUUACUGUUGGAGGCCCGGUUCUAGACAAGCGGAUAAUGAGUCUACCAGCAUAUCCAGGCCCUGAUAUUGAUGCUUGAUUGCCCAUUAUAUUUUUGCAUGCACCCAAUGGGGAUACAGAAAGCGACCAGGUUCCAUAGCAAUUAGCUAAGGAGAGACGAUACGAUAGACAUACUGCAUCAAGGAUGAAAUAUAUCUGUGCAAAGAUCAUUUGGUCAGAAUAUUUCACUCUGUUGCAUAGUAUGUAGCACUCAGAUGUAGUCACCAGAAGUUCCUAUGGAUGGCCUGCCAGUAACUACUGACUCUGGCUGCAGUUCUCACACUUCUCUCUUCUAUCACAGUCCUUGCUGAAAGACCACUGACCACUUUGUUCAAUGCCAUAUAAUAGCAAUGACUGUACAGGUUGAUAGGUGAAAUUCCCAAUCUCCAAUAAACCAAUUGUAUUGAAAGGACUAUGAUCAAUAUACCCCACUUGUGUAUGGUUGUCAUGCAUUAUAAUAUUUUCAAUGUUCACUGAAAAUAAGCAUGUCUGUUAAUAUGGCAGGCUUGGAUCACAUUGUAAAGUUCUGUUUUUCUUUCGGAAUUUUUUUUUUAGCCAUUAAUGAAAUUUCAUCUGCUUCUAGAGUUUGAUGUA